AUGAAUUCGACGAAUUCGGGCAUUUUUCGAUUGCAACCCUGUGGUACAAUGGAAAUUGAUGAUGGAGAAUGUUCGUCUUCAGGUGAUGAAAGACAAGAAGAUUUGGAACAAAUACGACAUUCUGCGGUUUUAGACCUAGACUUUGAUUCUGAGGAUGCUGCGCAAACUAUUUUUCGAGUUGUUAGCGUUGAUAAGGAACCAAGUCGAAGCAAUGCCACAAGGAGCUUUACUGUACAAGGCUCCCAUUUGCGAAUGUAUGUUUACAUAUUUGAUUGCCUAGAUGUACGGUAUGCCAAAAGAAGUGUCCAUACUAAAACUGAUCAAUGGGCCAUUCGUGUUCAUGAAAACAAUAAGACUAGGGAUGAAACAAACGAACCAUCAGAAAACUCCUUGUUUUUGAAUAGCUAG